CGCUCACCACCGCUUGCAACACAUUGCAUUGUGUCCAGUUAGUUAUCUCUCAAUUUCGUUCGGCGCUUUGCUUUGGUGCAGAAUGAUUUCAGCAAUUUCGUGGAUACCGAAAGGGGUUUCAAAGCCAGAACCCCAUGUGGCGGAACCUCCUUCAAAGGAAGAUAUUGAAGAAUUCAUCACCACCCACAGAAGAGACAGUGAGAACGAAGAUGAUGAUGAUGUGGAUGCUGAUGCCAACAAACACAGCGAUGAAAUUGCCCAAGCAUUAACCGUAGCAGACGCAAUUGGCAAAGCAUCCACAGAAAAAUCUGAUGAUAUAACCCUUGGCUUGGAGGAACUUCGCAUGGAAGAAUACGAUGAUGAGGAUGAAGGAUUUGAAUUAUUCAGUUCGGGGAUUGGUGAUCUUUAUUAUCCAAGUAACGAGUUGGAUCCAUAUAUCAAAGAUAAAAAAGAUGAUGAUUCUGAAGAACUUGAAGACAUGAUAAUUAAUCCAGCUGAUUCUGUCAUUGUCUGCGCACGUAAUGAAGAUAAUGUCAGUUUUCUUGAGGUUUGGAUAAUAGAGGACACCAACUCUAGCGACAUGAACAUGUAUAUUCACCAUGAUAUCAUAAUUCCAGCAUUUCCACUCUGCACAGCUUGGCUUGAUUGCCCCCUUAAAGGAGGAGAAAGAGGGAAUUUCUUAGCUGUUGGUUCAAUGGAACCUUCCAUAGAAAUUUGGGACCUUGAUGUUAUUGAUGAGGUACAACCAUGUGUGGUUUUAGGUGGCAUUGCAGAGAAAAAGAAAAAGGGAAAAAAGAAAUCAAUCAAAUACAAAGAUGGCAGUCACACUGACUCCGUACUUGGUCUUGCUUGGAACAAAGAGUACAGGAAUAUACUUGCAAGUGCCAGUGCUGAUAAUCGAGUGAAGAUUUGGGAUGUGGUUGCUGGGAAGUGUGAUAUUACAAUGGAGCAUCACUCGAAGGAGGUUCAAGCAGUUGCUUGGAAUUAUCAUGCACCACAGGUUCUUCUUAGUGGAUCGUUUGAUCAUACGGUUGUCUUGAAGGAUGGUAGGAUGCCAUCACAUUCUGGCUUUAAGUGGUCAGUCACAGCUGAUGUAGAGAGCUUGGCAUGGGACCCGCACACUGAGCACUCUUUUGUGGUGAGUCUUGAAGAUGGUGUUGUAAAUUGUUUUGAUGUUCGGACUGCCAAGUCUGAUUCCACAUCUGAGCUGAGUCCUACGUUUACACUCCAUGCACAUGACAAAGCUGUUACCGCACUAUCCUAUAAUCUUUCAGUACCUAAUCUUCUUGCUACUGGUUCCACGGAUAAAACGGUAAAGCUUUGGGAUUUAUCGAACAAUCAACCAUCUUGUGUAGCAUCUAAAACUCCGAAAGUGGGGGCUGUCUUUUCUAUUUCUUUCUCAGAGGACAACCCCUUCUUGUUGGCUAUAGGAGGCUCAAAGGGCAAAUUGGAAGUAUGGGACACGUUGUCUGAUUCUGGCAUCUCUCGUAGAUAUGAGAACUACAACAAGAAUAGAACUCAAUCUGGGUCUUGAUAUAAUAUUGUUCUAGUUUUCCUUCCCUCCCUUGCCCUUAAAAGAAAAUGUUUGGACUGAUAACUGCUCAACUGCGAACAAGUUGUGUUGCAUGUAUCAAAAUUUUGGAACUCACUGCACACGUCUACCCUUACCGUUUGUACUCGAGAGAUAUUUGGUUUCUGUUCCUAUAUAAUGUCCUUCAGUGCUUCUUGUAGUUUAGGAGUAUUUAAAUUGUAAAAGUAGUUGUGAAAUAGUUUGAAAGGAUAUCUUAAGGAUGGAUUGAUACA